AUGAGGUUCCUCAGCAUCACCGCAGUGCUCUCGGCCGUCGCCGUAGCGGUCUCGGCCCGCGACUGCCCCCUCGAGUCCGACUGCGUUCAGAAGUCGUGCAAGAACUUCCAGCUCCAUUUCCUUGAUCCAGACGCUUUACGAAGCAUUAGAGAGUGGAAGCUCACCGCCGAUUGCAAGGACAAUGCCGGAAAUAAGAUGGUAACCCAACUCUAUCUGGAAGAGUGCCUCGCCAACACGGACGGCAACCUGAUCUGGUCCCCUGGCGGCGGUUUCAGAUGUUUCGGCUGCAAGCUCACAAACACGAACCCCCUCACUAUGGAGUGCGGGUGCAUGAACAAGAAAGACAAGAUCCAAACGAGAGUAGUCAACCUCUCCGAGGGCAUCUGGGUCUACGAUGGCGCCAUUGGUUGCUACCAGACCGGCACUGGCACCGCCUUGAAGGGUAUCGUUGGCUACAACUACAAUGCAGGACUUCUCAAAUCUCCCGGUAUCGGCAAAUACUAA